CCCCGCGGCGUGUGGGCCCCGCGGGUCCCGAUCCCGCCAUGGCGGCGCUGCCCGGGCCGCGCAAGCGGAGCGGCCCCGCGCUCUGCCGGGAGAGCGGGGCUGCGGCCGCCCCGCCGGCGCUCCGGAACGGCCUUCCCCCGCACAAGCGCCCCAAGAGCGCCGUGACCGGCUUCGUGGACCCCUUCGGGGAUAGUGAUGACUUCACGGCGGACGACCUGGAGCAGAUCGACAUCCUGGCCUCGCAGGCGCUGUCGCAGGAUCCGCCCGCGGGACACGCGUGGGGAGCCCCGGAGCUGCCCCGGGACGAGCGGCAAGCAGGAAGCAGAGCAGAAGAUGGUCUGAUGAGAGAUGCAUUCCAGCUUGAAGUGCUGCAGACACAGCAUGAAGAAGUCAAACAGAAGCUGAAAGAAAUGCAGGAUGAAAUUCUUGCUAAAAAUGGAGAAAUUAAAAUUCUGCGUGACUCAAUGCAGCAGAUGGAGUAUGCUAUGGAGGAACAGAAAAGAUCAUACCUGCUACUGGAGCAGCAAAAAUCUCAGUUUUUAAGUGAAAAAGAAAAAGAGUUCUCCAAAAAGUUACAGUCCUUGCACUCAGAGCUGCAGUUCAAGGAUGCAGAAAUGAAUGAAUUAAGAACACGACUUCAGAACUGUGAAAGAAAUAAACACCUUUCUCAGGCAGUUCCAACGACAAGCCCUAAAAAGAAUAUUGCAGUACAAGUGAAAUCAGAAGGAUGUUCUCCACAGCCUGGAAGAAGAUCUUUUCCUACAAAGGAAUCCUUCAAUGCUGAAACGUCCACUAGGCCAUCGUGUUCUUCAGGAAAUUUUAUGGCCCCAACUACUUCCAUCAAAGAAGACAGUAAGAUAACACCUCCUGAAGUUUCAUCCCUGAAGCAGCACAAAGCAACAGGAAAAAACGGUUCCUACAACUCUGUCCCCAAACGAAAUACACAAGGUUCUAUCUUGCUGAAUGCACUGAUGAAGCAGCCCAUUGUCCCUGGGUCAUUUCUAGGACUCUGCCACCUUCUCAGUAGCAACUCUGAGCCUCUACCUGGAGCUGUGUUGCCGCCCAACUCUUUGGAUAUGAAGCCCACGCAAGUCCCCAGCAGCAGGACAACUCAAGAAGGAAUCGCUCCUCUUGUAUCCCUGCAAGAAGCUCAAAAACUGGCCAUAACAGGACUGAACUUGAUUGCUCUGGAUGAAGGAUUAUCUGAAGGAGGCCCAGCAGAAGGCCAGGGAGGGCUCCUGCCCCUCACACAGAGCAGGAUCCAAGGUGCUGUGCAUCUCCUGCCCCUGGUGGAGCACCACGUUGGUGCCUUCUGCCAAGCAGAGCAGCUUGGGGACACAUCCGGGAAUGGAGCUUGUGGGACCCAUCCAGCUGCUGCUUCCAGAGCCAGCACAAACACAGUGUCAAGCAAGGAGGACUUCAGGUUGUCUCUUGAAGAAAUGACUCUUGUAUCACUGGGGAUCCUUUAUUAUUUGGUGUUCUACAGCUGGGAUGUUGUCCACACACUGCUGUCUGCUGAAGUGGAAAAAAGUUCUGCUGCUGGAGACGAAGAGAUUUCCAAGAUGGACAAAAAUGUGUCGUGUGACAAUCAGUGUGACAAUAAAGAAGAGAGCAGGACACAAGGAGGGCUUCCUGCAGCUCCACAGGAUCCUCCCAAUAAUGAUCGAGCUCAACAUUCUUUGUUUAAAAAGCUGCUUCAGAUUUUAGCUUUUUCUGCUGCAAGGGGCUCCCAGACUGACAAUAUCCUGAGCCAAAGCCUAAAGGUUUUGGUGAAAUUAGCUGAAAAUUCAACUAUGGACUUGUUAAUAAAUUUCCAGCACUUACUGAGUAGCCAGAUACUGCAGCGCUGUCUGUGUCCCGAGACCCCUCUGCCUGCUGUGCUUCUGACUGUGAGACUCCUGUGUGUUCUUGCUCAGCACCACGUGUUGGUUGCUCAGCUCUGUUCUCAUUCAGACACUUGCCUUCUCCUUGCACUCUACAUGUACAUAACAUCAAGACCAGAUAAAUCAGCAUCUGAAAUGCUCUGGCUUCAGCUGGAGCAAGAGACAGUCAGGCUCCUGACACGCUGCAUGUGGUGCUCCAGACCAGCAGUUUUAUUUCCUGGCACAGACUGUCAGUGCAACCUCGAGGUGGUUAAGGCAUUAAUUGUAAUGUUGCACAGACAGUGGAUGAAGAUUAGAAGAUCUGAGACCAGCUUGUGUGCACAUAAGGAACGAGUUAUUCAGUUUUUACGGGAUGCUGUUUUACUCUUGCACAGCCUGUCUCAGAAAGAUAAACUGUUCCAUGAACACUGUUUGGAAGUUCUCCAUCAAUAUGACCAAGCCAUGCCAGGCAUAAGGGCCAUUCUCAAAAAGACUCAAAAACUGACUGCCUCUGAAGAGCUGAUUUUGGAUGAACUGUAUCCUCCUGAGCCUGAAGACCAAGGAAUGGACUCCAGCUAGCCAAAAUCAAAGAGCAAAAAUCUGUCCUUCCUCAUCUGAAUCAUCAUUGCCAAUGUAAAUGUGAACUUUAAAUCAUCCUUCUAAGUGAUAAUUGUAGGUUGCACUCAAACACAGCACAGCUCAGACACAUUUCUUUGUUGUAAUUAUUUCAGUGCCAUCUAAAUGUAGCUGAAAGCAAAAGAACUUUGAUGAGAGAGUGAUACUGCUGUGCAAACCCACUCAAUGGCUUAUGACUGGUUCUGGUUAUGAAUUUCAUCCUGUAUGAAUUUGCUGUGAAUGAAAUGGAAAUUCCUCUCUACUACUCUCCAUUUGACUGGGACUACAGCUGAAUUUAAGAUGCUGAAUGUGCCCAGGUGUUUGGCAUCAGAACACACUUGUUUCUUUUGUACCACUUUGUGUGACUUCCAGAAUUUUCGUAUUGUUUGUAUUAGUAAACAAUUAAUGGUGAUUUUAAAAACCCUUCUAGAAAUAACUUAAGAGUUGGCAGUUCACUAUGGGGCUUUGGAUUUCUUGCUGAGGAUUGGUCACCUGAGUUCACUCAAUUUCAUGAAUCUGCUGAAAAUGUAAUUACUGAGGUGCCAGAACAAAAAAUACUAGAACUUAUAUUCUAUAAUUCACCUUAAAAGAGUAAGAUGGUAGUGUUGAUGGUAGAGUUCAUCCUAGGCAAUAGAAGGAUAUUUAAAUGUUUGCAGAAUGACUGGGGUUUUUGGUCAUAAUGAAGAUGAAGGAGCAUCUCAUUCCUAGGAUUCUGCACCAAAGACUGGAGGAAGAGCUGUUGCCCCACCCUUUGAAGCGUGUAUGAUCCUCACUGUCACACUGGGCUGUAGGUCAUCAGCUGAGCCUUAGACCCUAAAAAGGGAAAUGAGAGUGUUACUAAAAUGAGCCCACAGGUUUGUGUUUUUAGAUGGGAGAGCUUUUUUCAACAGGGACUUGGUUAAGAAUGAGCCUGGAUCAACAUACCAGGAGGACAAGAGACUGUACUAGAGUGGGAAGGAAGCCCUUGGAAAAUUGGGCAACACUCAGUUCUCUGGUCAUGCCCAAAGAGGCUGUGGCCUGCCCUGGAGCAAAGAGCCCCACUCCAGUGUGCUCAGCAACCUCCUGGCUUGGCCCUUGCUUUGGAAGAGAACUUGCCCAGAAAUGCCUAUGCAGGAAGAACCAGGAUGAUAAUCCAGCAUCUCCCAAGAGCCAAAGCUCCUUCCUCCCCCCAGCCUGGGCUCAGCCUCCUCCUCUCCUGAGCAGCAGCUGGGCCAGGCAGGGCCAGGUCGGUGCUGGGAAACACAAGCUGCCAACUGCUCCUCUCAGUAACAGGUUUCAAGUCCCUUGUAGCAUCUGGAAAACUGCCAUUUUCCUGCUGAGAUGCACCAAGGAAGGAUGCACAGGCACAGAGCAGCAAAGCCCUUCGAGUCUGUGUGCUUGCAUGGUCAUGACCCUGGAACUGCCGCCAGGGCCCUGGACAAGACAUGCUGGAGGUUGGUGUGACAAAAAACAUUUGAUUUGUCAAUGUAAAGCAAAUAAACAAAGCACACCCCCCCCCCCCCCCCCCAAAAAAAAAAAAAAAAAAGAAAAACAACCACCAAACAGCAUUUCCUGGUCUUCAGGAUUAAAAAGAAGAGCUGAAAAGUGGAUGUAAGAACUCUUUCCUUCCUCAAAACCAAAAUAAACAUUAAGGUAAUUCUUUAAGAGCAGCCCAAUGAGCAGGAGCUGUGGUGAAGCAGAAUCUGGCUGUGAGCCUGCUGUGAGGGGCAACCUUAGAGCUGUCCUAACAAAGAGAGGACAGUCACAGUAUCUCAAAUAUCCCAAAACGAACUGAUCUGCCAUCACCUUUCAACCGUUCUCACCACUUUAUUUCUCUAAACAAUUUGAGUUCAUAGAGAUAAGAGACAUUUAACCCGUUUCAGCAAACAGACCAAACGAACUGUUAAGAAGAGUUUGGACAAAAACCAGUUAAGGAAUCCCAAAGUGUUGGAACAAUCCUGUUAUAAAAAGUUGUUUAAAAAAAAUUCCUGGCUUCAUCUAAA